GUGUCCACGAUUUUCCUCCAAUUCGGCGCGAGUUGAUCUGUUUGUGAGUGCAAUUUAACCGGGAGUGGAGUUCAGGUGCGCCGCCUUUUCCGCUGGAUUUCACACGUCAGUGACGCGGUUUUUCCUUCUUCUGCCCGUUUUCCCCCUCGAAUACUUCCGUUCUCGUUGGCCGGUGCUAGCACCGCUGAAGCUGAAGAAAACAUUGAAAAGUGGACAAGAUAUAGUUGGUUUAGAGUUUAUUGUGCAUUGUUAUUGAACUUGACUUGACGUAACUAACGAUCUAGUGGAGGCCUCGUCAAAUCUUGGCGCGAAUUCCGUUCGAAGUUAGGAGAACAUUUUAUGCGAAAAGUUAUUAUCAGCCGCUGUGGCCUUUCGAUAUCUGCAACGAUUAUAGAACCGCACACAAUCUAUACAUGUGCCUUCCUACACUCUUGAUUCCGAAACCCAAGUAGUGUUCCGUUAAAAUUGCCUCGAAGUAUAGUUAAUUCUACGAUCACGAAAUUUGAAGGUGUGCAUCGGUUGUGAUUCGUGCUUUCGUUUGACUUGAUCAUCGUAGCUAGACGCGGCCUGCGGCCAAAGAAAUCGUCAGAGAAAGAAAGAUGCCUAAGGUGUGGAGGCGUGCCGAGGACGAAGCUUAGAAAAUCUCCAUGCAAAGCAGAUUGGACUAGAGUAAACUAACUUCUCUAGCAUCGAUCCCAGGAACGCACGCUUGCUAGCGUAAACGACGAAUCCAUCAGCGGAGUUGAGUUGAGACGACGAUUGAAUAGAAGAACGCAGGUUAAAUCCCAAGCAACGCCGAGCACCGUGAAUGCUAAAGCUCUGCUGUAGCGCUUGCUAAGAAGAGAAGAAGGAGAACAAGAGGCCAGAGAUCGGAGAAGCGUGCCUGCAGCGAAAUCUCUUCAAACGUAGCCAUAUACUAGCAUCGUCCAUCGGUGAGCCUUUCACUCCCGGCUUUCCUGCCAGAGCGACAACAACAACAACAACAGCAACAACAAAAAAUACGGUGGAACAAUGCUGAAGUUUAUACGCGGCAAAGGCCAACAACCUUCGACCGAGCGGCAGAAGUUGAACAAGGAACUGUUUGCUUUUCGUCGGACGGCUCAACAUGGGUUUCCUCAUAAACCAUCGGCUUUGGCGUACGAUCCGAAAAGUAAGCUUAUGGCGAUUGGCACUAACAGUGGCGUCAUAAAGGUCUUCGGACGUCCGGGAGUCGAGUUCUACGGUCAGCAUACCUCACCGUCCAACAAUCCAGCGGAUUUGAUUGUGCAGCUGCUUGAAUGGAUCCCAGGAACGGGACGACUGUUGUCACUGACCGCGUCCAAUCAGCUCGUCCUCUGGGAACCGGCCGGUACACUGCUGGUUGCGAUCAAGCACUUGCCUUUCGAUGGCAAGCUGAAGAAGAUAUCUUCACUGUGCUGUUCGUACCUGCGCGACACGGUAUGGAUCGGUACCGAGGGUGGCAACGUAUAUCAGUUCGAUGUGCGCAGUUUCACGGUGAAGGAAUCGGUCAUCUAUCAUGACGUGGUACUGGAACAGCUACCGACCUCCUAUAAGCUCAAUCCAGGAGCGAUCGAGUCCGUGCGGCAACUGCCAACGAACCCGCAACACCUGCUGAUCGCUUAUAAUCGUGGACUGGCGGUUUUGUGGGAUCUCGAAACGGCAACCGUAAAACAAUCGUUCAUUUCGCCCGGUCACGGUCAAAGCGUUGGACUGUUCGUCGAUCCGGAUGGUACCCAGUUCACCUGGUAUCAUGCGGACGGUUCAUUCGCUACUUGGGACCUCGAUAGCCCGAUACCACCGGAGAACCAGAAAUACGUUCCGUACGGUCCCGAUCCUUGCAAAGCGAUCGACCGCUUGACGCGUGGCUACCGUGGUCGCCGUGAGCUGAUCAUCUUUGCUGGUGGAAUGCCACGGUCGGCGUACGGUGAACAUCAGUGUGUAUCGGUGCAUUGCAAGGGCGGUGUUAAGGUAGCCUUCGAUUUCACCUCGAAAGUGAUCGAUUUCUUCGUAACGUUCGAUGACGAGCGCCCUGAUCAGGCGCAGGUGCUGGUGGUGCUACUGGAGGAAGAACUGGUUGCCUACGAUCUCACCGAUGAAACGUUGCCACAGAUUAGUAUUCCUUAUCUGCACUCCCUGCACGCCUCGGCCGUCACUUGCAAUCAUCUGGUAUCGCAAGUUGUACCUGAAGUGUACGCCAAGAUUAAGCGUGCCGGAGAAACGCAACUGUCGGAGUACAGCGACACACCGUGGCCCAUUACCGGUGGUAUCGUACCGGCGGAGGAUAAUGCAGAGCGGGAUGGCCCAACUCAGCGCGACAUUCUACUGACCGGGCACGAAGAUGGCUCGGUUAAGUUUUGGGACUGUUCAGGCGUCUGUCUCGCUCCGUUGCUGCACGUCAAGACAGCGCCACUGUUCAGCAAUGCCGAUGAAGAGGAUGGGUUUGCUGAUCGAGCCAACUCGACCGAGCAACUGGAAGAGGAAGAUGGCGAACCACCAUUCC